AUGAACAAUUUUUCUGGUUCUCUAAGAAUUAUAUCCCUAAAUGCUAGAUCCCUAAAUAAUAAUAAAUUUGCCCAACUAAGAAUAAUAUUAGAUACCCUAGCGGUUGACAUUGCUUGUAUACAAGAAACACAUUGGAUUGAUACUUGUAAAAUUAAUUGCAAAGGUUACCUACUCUUUAACUCGGGCGAAACUGAAAAAAACUGGUGUGGAGUUUGUAUAUUGAUCAAAAAGAAUCUAUCGGGCUACAUCUCAAAAUUCGAUGGCGUAAAUAGUAGGGUAUGUAGCAUAAAAGUAAAUAUGAGAUGUAAAACCUUAAAUAUUGUAAAUAUUUAUAUACCAGUGAACUAUACUGAAAAACAACCAUUCUUCAUUUUUCUUGACGAAUAUCUAAAUAAAUUUCCGAAACGCGAAAACUUACUAAUUGCUGGGGAUUUUAAUGCGAAAGUAGAAAAAAUUGAUAUAAAGAAUCAUAUUUCCCUUGGUUCAGGAACACUAAAUAUUAAAUCCGAUAUUGGAGGAAAACUACUAUUAAAACUCUGUCAUAAGUUAGAUCUUCGAAUAGCUAAUACUUUCUUCGAACAUUCGGAUAAAAGAGAGAUAUACACAUAUUUUAGCCAAACAUACAAUACUUGGUCUCAAAUAGACUAUUUUAUUUGUAAUAGGUCGACUAUGAGUUGGAUAAAAAAUAUUAAAGUUCUUCAUCAGGUUUUAUUUAACUCUGACCAUAAAAUUAUAGAUUGCUCUAUUGUAAUAGACCCGAAGAUAUGGCAUAUGAGGAAGAAAAGAAACGGAAAGUCACUUUCGAAACGUCCCAAAUUAGAUAUCGAGGCUUUAAAUGAUCACAAUAUCAAAACAGAAUAUAUAAAACAAAUCAGAAAUAAUUCUCAUAAAUUUAUCGAUCAAACUAACAACUUAUCCUCGGACACACUAUGGGAAAAUACCCGUGACAUUUUCAACAAUGCGGCAUCAAAUUCCUUACCAGCCAAGAUGAAUUAUCCGGACUGGAUCUCAAUAGAAUCAAAAAAUCUUAUUUCAAAUCUAGUGGGGAGUGGUCAUUAUAGGAGAAACAGAGCCAUGUAUAUCCUAAACGAUAUAAGUCAUAAACUCAGAAGAGAUAAGAGGAAAUUCCUUGAGGAUCGUGCCACUGAGAUAAGUAAUUCGUUCAGUGCAAAUGAUUAA